GCAACGACGUUCCUCCGGAAGUGGGAUAUAGUAUUUACGAUAUCAUGUGUAUUUGCUGUCUUCCUUGAUCCUUUUUACCCUUACAUUACUGUCGUAGAUGGGGCCCGUACGUGCUACCAUUCGGACGUAUACUUGUUGUGGUCAUUUGUGGGCUUACGAUCCGCCCUAGAUCUCUUUUAUGUAAUGGACACCUUUGGUGGGCGGCUGAUUCGUAGCAAGCCUAAUGCUAAGACAACUGGGGCCUCCUCCAGAAAAAGAAAAACAAUAGGAAAGAAAUCAUUUAUUCUGGCGUUACCUCGUGUUUUUCGUCUUCUUUCCAUUCCACAGCUAUCAAUAUUAUUUGCUCCACUAUAUGAGUUUCUUCUUCCGGCCCAAUAUACACUACGGAUUCAUCACACAUACAAGCUUCUCAAGUGGUGUACUAACAUAGAAACUAAAAUAGGAAGAUGGCUUAAUGCUAUAUUGGAUUUUCUUCCCUUCAUCCUUGCCGCUCAUCUAUACGGAGCCUUGUGGUACCGUCUUUCUCUUCAACGAGAGGUAGAUUGUUGGGGGCAUGCCUGUCACGAUAAAAGGGCGGGAUGUGAUCUCGCUCAAACAGGUUAUCCUUCGAUUUUGGUACCGUCUUUCUACUGUGGCGUCGACAUUACCUCCAACAAAUCGCAUCUCAAUAUCACGCAUAUAAAGGCAUCAUGCCCUAUAAAUCCACCAGAUGCAACUAUCUUCGAUUUUGGUAUAUUUCUCUACGCUCUUCAGUCUGACUUGACCAGGUCAACGUCUAUUAAACGAAACUUCCUUCAAAGUUUCUGGUGGGGAUUGCGCAAUCUGAGUUCUUUAGGUUCAAACCUCCAGACUAGUCUCUAUUGGGGGGAAAUCGUUUUUUCGAUUUUCGUAUCUAUAAGUGGCAUGGUGCUAUUUUUAUUAUAUCUCAAUACAAGGAUACAGAUGUCACAACAAAGAUCAAGUCAGCUUAAAUUGAGACAAAAGAUGCAGAUGAUGAAUCUAGAUAUAGAUUUAUGGUUGUAUAAAAACGCCCUUUGUGAUAAGAAUUUGAAGAUGGUCAUCACGAAAAACUUGCACCAAAAACUUGAAGAAAACAAAGAAGUUGAUGUGGAGAAUGUUCUCUCUCUUAUUCCUAUUAUACACCAAAGACGUAUUUUGCGGCAUCUCAGCUUGAAUUUACUAAAAAAAGUCCCAAUGCUGGAAAAUAUGAAUGAAAACGUGUUGAAAGCAAUCUGUGAGCAUCUUAAGUUCGUGAAGUAUAGCGAAGACAAGUAUAUUGUUCGAGAGGGAGAACCACUUGAUAAGAUGCUCUUCAUCACCCAAGGUACGGCAUGGUCAUACCCAACUAAUGCAAGUGGUUCCUCAGCGAUCAAGUGUCUUGUGAAAGGUGACUUCUACGGAGAAGAGCUUCUAAAUUGGGCAUCAGAAUUGAGCUCUUUUUCUGAAUUUCCCAAGUCAACCAGAAUUGUCAAGGCCCAUACGAAAGUUGAAGCAUUUGCCAUCAGAGCCAACAACUUGAACAUUGUUGUCUCCACAUUUUGGUGGCAUUUUAGCAAGAGGCUCGGUCAUAUAGAGGAGUCCCAGUUGGAGAGGUGGCAACAUCUGGCAGCUUGUAGUAUACAAGCAAAAUGGCGCCGUCGUCAUGCAAGGCCCGUCUAGGACUUAAGGAUUGGAUGCUACAGUGUUUACCCUCUCAUGCCCAUCUCUUUCCUCAUCUAACAUAUGACGUGAGGAGAGAGAUUUGGUCCAAUUUACAAGGAUUAUUUAGUAUAAAAUUAAUCAAAAAUACCAUAUCUUUUAUUAAUGUAAAUACUUUUGUUUUUUUUGGGUUGUGGCUCUGAAUAUUUAAAAAGUGUCACAUUAAUUGGAUCUAAAACAUUGAGAAAAUGCUGAGAUGGGCUUAGCCAAAUUAGCUAGCGCGGAUGUGCUCUUCACUCUGCACCAAAGUUCGAA